UACGGAGCUCAGUAGUGGAUUUGCCGUGCACAGAGGAGGUUCAGACACUUCGUGGGCUGCGAGAGUGACUCGCUGUGGACUUGGCCUGUCAACACGACGGCAAAAAUGUUACCUAACGCGGUUUAUGAAAGGGUGCCUAUGCACUCCAACAACACAAAAGUUUUUGGAUCUAUGCUGGUCAACGACAAGUCAAACACGCCAUAUUCCGAUGCCACUCAGACUAAGAAACAUCCACCCAACCACAUCAAGCGACCCAUGAACGCCUUCAUGGUCUGGUCGCAGAUGGAGCGGAGGGAAAUCAUCAAGUACGCCCCCGACAUGCACAAUGCUGAGAUUUCCAAACAGCUUGGGCGCCGCUGGAAGAUGCUGUCGGAGGAGCAGAGACGACCAUACCGGGAAGAAGCAGAGCGCUUGAAGGCGUUGCACACUCGGGAGUACCCCAACUACAAGUACCGCCCACGCAAGAAGGGCCAGAAGGCUCAGCUCAAGGGUGUGUCGGAGAAGAGUGGCGGGAAGGUCGUCAAGGCUAAAGAUCACACCAACAGCAAGGAUCGUGCUAAGAACGUUGUAAACGUCAUCAGCAAUACCCGUAUCACUCACACACAGGGGCUUGAUGUCGAUCACAACAAACUGGGAAUCAAGAUCACCAUUAACGACGACUUCAAGAGAACCCACAGAAUGCCACAGAACGGGGUCAUGUCACUGACUCCACAUUCCCCUCCCGAGGUGCCUGCCAGCCCCUCCUGUGAGCUGCCUGACUCUCCAGAGAGUGCUUCAAUGUAUGAAGACCAACCGGCCUUCACCUACAGCCCCUCCGUCACCGCCCAAUAUCACUCAACAAGCACACCAAUUGUCACCAACACUCCAACCAACUUCACCCUCAGUCAUUCAACGUCCGGCCAACUCACGAUAACCAGUCCAAACAAUAUUAAGCAGGAACCGGAUGACCCGUUGUACGAGGCAGUGUAUACUCCACAGAGCCUCGCUUCCCCUGGUCUCAUCCCAAACAUCUCUGAGUCGUCUACAACUCCAUUUAUUAAGACGGAGAUCAAGGCAGACUUCCAGAAUACCAACGAGUUGCAUGUUGAGCAUGCGACGCUCGACGAUCUGUACAACAUCACAGACUUCAUCCCCAUCUCAGACAUGAAGGUCGAUCUGGACUCCAUCGACGCUGAUAUCGACUUCGAUGCCGUUAGCACGAGUUCAGGGUCCCACUUUGACUUCUCCAGUGUAGCUGAGGAGGCCGACACUUUGCUCUCCGAUACGUGGAUCGGAGGCCGGAGCUUCUUGCCGUAAAGGCCGUCCUUCCCCAGCACUUGUUUCACGAGUGCAGUUUUGUUCACCCUGUUUCGUGUCGGCAACGAAAGCCAGAACUUUUGAAUAAUCUGUCCAGCAUAGAUUUUAAUGUACUCUAGUGAAGACAAAAUAGUAUUGUACACGAGACUUGUUGGACGGGACCAAAACAAUUUGCAAAAAUAAUGACAGUCCUACCAUACUUUCAAAGCCUCCAUAAUGGUGCCAGUGCCUUUAACCAUUGCUUCUUAGGACUUUCAAAUCACAGGACCAACAAGAGAUACCAGCAGCUGUGAACCAAGACGGUCAGAUCCAUGAAUUAAGACAGUGCACAAAAAAAUCAACUCGGUGAUGCAUUAUAUACAUACAAAUACAUAUAUUUUCCCUCCACAAGCCUCAUUUGUCAGCCAUUGUACAUAUAUACAUAUAAAUGAAAACUUUGGUUCUGUUAAUUUCGUGAAAGAUGGAACGCUCGUCUGGGUGCAAGUAAAGGACGGAACUGUGACUAUUGGAGGCUUUCUGUGAUGCUUUCUCCUCCGUGGUGUGGAGAGGAAGGGGAGAAAGACCGCUCGAAUGAGGAUUAAAGUUGAAGAGACUUUCAUUGAACGUCUUGCGGCUUUAAAAGUAUAUAUCUAUAAUAUACAGAUACAAAUAAAAAAAUAAUAAAAAAAAGUCAUGUCGAAGGAGGAGCGUUCAGUGUAUAUUUAUCAUAACUAGUGACAAAGGAUCGAUAAGUAACAAAGCAAAAGUCCAGGAGUGAGCAGUGCCCGAGGGCCCGCCAGCCUGGACGCGAGGAGCUCCGGCCACCACCACCACCACCAUCACAGCCACUCUUCCUGAGGAGGGGGUGACACCUGGCCGUGUACCUGUCCUCCGCUCCGUGCCGCAGCUUGCCAAGCAGCCUCAGAGCGGCCCAAUGGUGAGCAAGCGGAGGCAAGUGCAAGGGGCAGAGAGAGGGAGGUGUCCCGGAACCCUGCCAUCACCUGAGUACCUGAGAGGGCACGUCGAGGUGACUCUGCAGAACUGCCAGAACCCUGCGGAACUCCCAGAGAACCCAGCGGCGCCAUGAGGAACCCCACCUCUCCGCCCCCAACCACCCCCCUUCUCCCUCCCCUGGGCGCCGCGAGCACUGGGCAGUGUGCGAAUGAUGUCAUUAGUGCAUUAAGCCAAUCACGAAGAGCAGUUCAGUGGCGUCCACCUUUUAUCUUUCCGCAAAUAAAUAAUCUGUAGUUUCCUAAGCAUUUAUAUUGUUAUGAGAAGUAUAUAUUACCACUAUGAAUUAUAGGCAAGAGCUACGAGUUGUUAUCCUGGCCGUGUGUUGAGUACGUGGCCACCAUGAGUCUGUACUUAGGCGACGUCGCUGGACUUGCUCCCCCCACCACCACCACCCCACUGAUGAUGCUAAUGAUGACGCCACCACGAGGGGUGUGCUAAUACAAAGCAACAAAUGGCAGUUUUUCUUUGUUUGUUUAUGAAUUCUAGUCAGUACAACAAAUAUUACUAUGUACAGUAAUGCUACGUGAACCAAUUCCUCUGCAGGAUGUUUCACUUUUUUUUAUGAUUAUUUGAUGCUUUUAUUUAAUAGCCAUUUUUAUGUUUAUCCGUUCAAAGUUUAUUAAAAAUUUUUGAAUCGGUGGAAGGAAUUAUUUUUUUAAUUUUUUUUAUGUGUGUGCGUGUGUUCAGACUUUGGCUAAUUUAAAUGUUGCUCAAGCAGUGUACCGCGUUACUGAGUGUACCUUUGGGGACACUACCUCUGAGAAGCACUGUGCAGACUGGAGGGAGGAACAUAAGGUGUACCUCUGGCUCCUGGUUGCCUUGAAGAAGCAAUGCAUUCUUAAGGGAAACAGAAGUAUCUAGAGAAGCGCUGUGUGUGCCUCUGGCUGCACAGUGCACCGUUGGAAAUAAGCUGUAAGAAGGUUCAUGCCGUCAGAGGUUUUUUUUUUUUUUCACAAAUGAUCUCAAGCUUCAGCGAAACCCAACCCAUCUGAACAGUGUCUUAUUUGUGCAUUACCAUUACUUUUUUGUUUUGUUUUGUUUUCGUUUCUUCUCAUGGCUCUGCCCAUUUUUCCUUCCUUCUACUCGAUAUCUAUUAUUAUAUUAUUGAUCAUAUUUUGUACAGAGUGUUAUAAUGAGAUAUUCCUUGUACAGUUAAACUAUAUGGCAUUUCUCCGAUAUUGGAAGUUUUAUAUAUUUUGUAGUGUACCGCUCGCCUCCCCAAGUCAGGGGCGGCGGGGGUGAGAAACAAAUACAUUUUUAUAUGUUUCAUGCGAA